UGCUUGAUGAUGGAAGGAAAUCCUUGGUGGACUGACUGCUGUUCUUUUCAUUGUAAUUUAUUUUUGUGUAGUAAAUAUUACAGGUGUUUAUUUUCUUUAAAGUACUUAAAUGUAAUAUUAGUGAGUUAUUAAUUAAUUCUAUAUAUAAUGUCAAGAAGUACGAUCGAAGGAAAACUAAGAGGAUUAGAACAGCGUUUACAAAAUGAAAUGCGUAUUAGUGGCUUUCCCAGCCCUGGAGGAGUUGGGGCUUCCAGAAAUGGGAAUACUCGUAGACCAAGACCCACGAUGUUUGCGCCAAAUAGAGACAUGUUGGCGUUUCCACCGCGAUCGCCGCAAGCCACGGAGACUGAGCACAGGAUGCGGGAGGUGUACAAGGUGAGUGGCAAGCUGAAUGUGGAAGGCAAGGAGUACAGUUCGAAUGUGGACGAUCUUCAGUUACUUGGAGACCUCGGCAGCGGCACCUGCGGCCAUGUUGUCAAGAUGAUGCACAAGCCGUCUGGAGCUGUCAUCGCUGUCAAGCAAAUGCGUCGAUCGGGCAACUCGGAAGAGACCAAACGGAUUCUAAUGGAUCUGGAUGUGGUGGUCCGGUCCCACGGCUGUCCGUACAUCGUGCGCUGUCUGGGCUGCUUCGUGACGGACUCCGACGUGUGGAUCUGCAUGGAGCUGAUGGAGACCUGCUUCGACAAGCUGCUGAAGAGGCUCGCCGCCCCUGUGCCGGAGCCUAUACUCGGGAAGGUCACCGUUGCGACGGUGAACGCAUUAUCCUACCUAAAGGACACACACGGCGUUAUACAUCGAGACGUGAAACCCAGCAAUAUACUGUUGGACGCUCGCGGGAACGUCAAACUGUGCGAUUUUGGCAUCAGCGGCCGAUUGGUGGACUCAAAAGCGAAGACCAGGAGUGCUGGAUGCGCAGCUUAUAUGGCGCCGGAACGGAUAGACCCCCCGGACCCGACCCGUCCGGACUACGACAUCAGAGCGGACGUGUGGUCGCUGGGCAUAUCUCUGGUGGAGCUCGCCACUGGGGUGUUCCCCUACAGGGACUGCCAGAACGACUUCGAGGUCCUCACCAGGGUGAUAGCAGAUGAUCCCCCACAACUGCCAGACGAUAGUGAUUUCUCGCAAGAAUUCAAGUCGUUUGUUUCACAAUGCCUAACAAAAAACUAUAGACAGCGGCCGAAAUACGCCAAAUUAUUGGAACACCCGUUCGUAGUCAAAUCGGCGCAAAGUGUCGUAUCAGUCGAAUCGUGGUACGCAUCUCUACCAAUCAACGGGCAAAGUCCGACCCAGAAGACUGUUAGUACUACCGCCACGCAUAUAGUUAGACCUAGUCAAAAUCCAAGUUACGCCCAAAGUGCUCAGAAAUAUAGUCAAAACCAAGGUUACGGUCAAAACGGCCAGGAUUAUAGUCAAAAUCAAGGUUACGCUCAAAGUUAUAGUCAAAGUGGGCAAGCGUUUAAUCAAAGUGGACAUAUUUACGGUCAAAGUGGACAGGUGCAUAGUCAAAGUGGACAAAGUUAUGGUCAAAGUGGUCACAGUUACGGUCAAAGUCACACGAAUCAUAACGGAGUGGAAUCUCCUGUGACGCCGCAGCCGAUUAGGAAUUUCGUGACAAGUUCCCAACAUUGGAUGUCGGAACAAAUCACACCUACGCCUGCUAGAGCGUGUUGGGCGGGACAGGCGAACGCGGGUGGCAGCAGCUCCCAGCCCGCCAGUCUGGAGGGAGAUUAUCCCAACCACUCGCCUUAUGCCAGACGGAGAUGGGACGGCAGUGGGGAGUUCGGCUCCCCCCCCUCCGCCCCGCGCCGCCCCUCCGCCGACGCGAAGUGGAAACCUUCGCCUGCGAGCUCUGGCAACACUAGCCCAAUAGUACUACAGAGGUUCUAUCACCAAAGUCAACAGAGAAGGUCAAGGGUCGACCUACACGGCUCACCGAGGCAUAGAAGCCUGAGCCGAGAACACAGCACGGGGCGGUCGCCGGAGCCGCCGCCGCGGCGCCAGCGUCGCCUCGUGUGUCCGCGCGGCUCCGAACCCCUUCCACAGCCAAACGGCGGUGACUCCGAGCCGCCGCCGCUGCACGAGCGCCUUCACCCGCACCCACCGUCUCCUCUGUUACUAAACGACAGAUGUACAUUUGUCACAUAUAGAUGCAUUAGGUUAUCAGAGGGGCGCAGUCAGAGCUUGACGCGCGCGGAGCUCCGCAACGGCCACCGGCCGCCGGCGGAGUUGCCGCAACAUUCGCCGCACGCAGACAAACACUACCACGACGACCACGGCUGGCUGCACUCGCUCGCGGGGCUGCUCAAGCGGCGGCUCAGCGGGUACGUCAACUGGUCUCACGUUGCAGCACGCCAGCGGCACCGGAACCCUACAUGGGGUAACGGCAACAGCGAGAGUUGGAGCGUGCCCGCCUCCCCCCUCCCGCCGCGCGCCCCUCCCCCGCGCCCGCAAUAGCCGGGCUCCGCGCAACCCCAGCACAACUGCCUGCUUGUUUAUGAACUAUAAACGCUCAUAGUUGUAAGAGACGAAACUAUAUGUUUCGACGUAUCUUUUAUUAUGUAUACCACAUUUAUUCAGGUACCUAUUUAUUUAAAUAAAUGAAAAUUGAUAAUGUAAUUUUAUUUAUAAAAUACUGACUUCUUAGAAGUUAGUAUUAGUUAGAACAUAAAAAAUCACAUUAAUUCAUUACUCCGUUUUGUUUGGUCACGCUUUCGCGCAUCCAAAUAGAAAAUUAAGAAAUUUCGUAUCAAGCACUCACGCGCGCGUACUGAAUCCUUUUUGCCGACUAGUUGGAGGGGAAUAUGGCGCGCGCGUCUCGGUCGGUGUUCUCCGCGCGCGCCUCCCGCCCCGUUUAUGUGAAAGAUUUUGCUGUAAUUGCAAUAAUAAUAUGACAUAAUUAUUUAAGUACCUGAACAAAUGGGUAUAGGGUGUGUGUAAUAUAAACUUAAGAUUGAAAUGAGAGGGGAAUACAUUAUCUAGAUUCGGUAUGCGCGUAUAUUCGUUAGAGCGAGAGAAAAGAUUUAUUUAGCGUCGGCGGUAGUAGUAAUCUGGAAAUACAGUUCCAAGGAUUUUUAACGAACAAAAUUUUUUUGCCAUUGCAAUACCAAAUCGAAUAGUCAAAUUGGUUGAUGAGCUCUCAAUGUGGCCAACCAAGGGGUUCGUUGGUUGUUUAUCUUCUAAUUUUUUUUUAUAGACAAUGAUUCUGUUUCCGAAAUAUACGAUUUAGGGAUAUUUAAUUCUCUGAAUAGGUACAUACCAUAGUGUUGCCAAACUAUAAUAAUACUAUUGGUAAAUUCCAUGAUAACGAUUAAACUAUUAAUACUAUCGAAACUAUAGAUAGUUUUGUACAAUAUAUUGUGGCAUAAGUAAUGUUGCGGAGCAAUACUAUCGAUAGUCUAAUCGUCAUCACUCGAUAUAUUUUUAUCGAUACAAUUUUUUAGCUCAAACUAUCGAUAGUCUAUCGAAAUACUAUCAAUAGUAGACUAACGAGCGGCGACACUAAUGUACCCUUGACCUCAUCAAUGCUUCCCAUCAGGCGAGCUGUACAGAGGGCGAAGUGCGAGUUUGCAUUUCACUUCUCGCCAUCGAUUCUAUUCGAAGUGAGACACAGCGAACCAAUCAAAUUGCGGCGUGGUUGUCGUCGCGUCACAAUGGCGCGCUGUGAUUGGUUAACUGCGUCUCACUGCGAAUCGACUCGAUGGUGAGAUGUAAAUAGCAAAAGUCGCACUACGCACACCGAGCUUAAAGUCAAACGCACGCAAUAUAAUUAUAUAUACGCAAUAAAUAAUAUAUUAAAAAAUCACUAUAUACAUAGUGAUACAGAUAAUAGUUUUAUAUAUUGUCACCGCCGACACUGAAGAAAUGUAACUAUGCAUAACAAUGAUAAGAUAUAUGGAAUUCUCUUAUGAAUAUAAAGACAUAUUUUGUCAAAAUGACCACGAGACUCGCUAGGAAAUCGAUCGACGUGGGUAUUAGAGAAACCAUCAAUACCUUAAUUCUUACAAGUACAUUAAAGUCCAGUGCAAUAAAUUUACAAAAGUACAUAUAUCAAAAAAUCUAUAAUCAAGUUGUUUGAUUCUUUUAAUUUCUUAACGAUGCACCAAAAGGAAGAUUGUUGAAUUUUCAACAGAGGUAGGUUACACGCAGCUUCGUAUUCUACAAUAUUACCUUUGUCAUCAUAAAAUUGGACUAUGUAUUAACCAAACCCGACAUUCGAAUAAUAUAUUAACAUUAUAAUAAAAUAUUUUUUACUUAUUAAUUUUUUUCAAAAAUGUUUACAAAGAAUUAAAAGUUAACUAUUAUGUAGGUACAAAUGUGUAAAACUUGAGUGCUUGCGCAGUUUUUUAGUAAGAAAAAAAAACUAAAUCCACGCAGGCGUAGUCGCGGGCAACGAAAAUUUUACGAAAUUUUGAUAUCAUCUUUUAGUUAAUUUCAUAAUAUAAAAAAGUAGUCCAAUUUUCUGAUCGCGGUAUCGGCAUAUGAUUCCUAUGACUAUUAUUAUACGAAUAUAGUUCAAAAUGUUCGUUGUAAAUAUUCUGUAUUAUAUUGUUAAGUGGCGCAUACGUUUAUGCGUUUUAAUUUCCUUAGACGGGGACUAGAUUAUAUAGAUAGAUUCAACACGUGUAAUUAAAACAUUAUGUUUUACAGCUUAUUUUAAUUUUGUAGAAUAAUUGUACAAUGUUAAUUUUAUUUAAAAUUACGUACGACCAAAUGUGUAGAUUAUUUUUUUGUAUUAUGCUUCGGAGAGAGAAUUUAUCGAAAGCGUUUCGAUCAUUCAAAGUCAGAUUCAAAUAAAGAUGCUUUAUAAUUGAAA